GACAUCGAUAACGGAGUGAUUUCAUUGAAAUGGUGUGAUUUUAAGCCGUAGAAGUCGCUGAUAAGAGCAGUGGUAAAACUGCACAGAUCGCAGAGCCUGGAUUGAAAGUUACAGAAGUUGUGCUGUGCACGGUGCAGGAAAUUUCCGCCAACAGAAUCGUUCUGUGGGAGGACUCGCCGAUCAUACCAAGAUGGCGGCUCGGAUUACAUUGAAGGCAACAAAAUGCCCUUCGGAUGAAAUGUCUCUUACAAAUUGUGCCAUUAUCAGUCGUGCAGAUAUAGAUCCCGAGAAAAUGCCACAUGCUUUGAUGUCCACCUCACCUGGUCAUCGCUAUGUUUUCACCUUGAGAGAUGAUAUUGGGGUAAAACCAGGCUCAGUAGGCUUCAGCCUAAUCCAAAGAAAAUGGACGACAGUGACUUUAGCUCAACCAAUCGAUGUACAGCCAUACCAAUUUGACCGCAGGACUCAGUGUAUAGGUUCUAUCGUGCUGGAGGCUGAUUUCCUACAGAAGAAAAGCACAACUACAGAACCAUAUGACUCUGACAAGAUGGCAUCAGAGUUCAUCAUGAGCUUCCCGAACAUGGCGUUUACUGUGGGACAGCCAUUAGCGUUCAGCUUUCAGGACAAGAAAAUGCUUCUUUUGACUGUGAAGGAAAUUGAAGCCAUUGACUUCACAAAUACGAAAGGAGGGACAAGUGCAAAGACUAGAAAGGUUCAAAUAGGUUUGCUGACAGGGAAUUCUGCCAUUGUGUUUGAGAAAGCUGAAAACUCUCCCCUAAACCUCACAGGAAAGUCCAAAGGAGCUACAGCCCGCACCUCUAUCAUCAAUCCUGACUGGGACUUUAACCAGAUGGGCAUCGGGGGCUUGGAUAAAGAGUUCUCUGCCAUCUUCAGACGAGCAUUUGCCUCAAGAGUCUUUCCUGCAGAAGUCAUAGAACAGCUGGGUAUGAAACAUGUGCGUGGUAUUUUACUGUAUGGCCCACCUGGAACAGGAAAAACACUCAUGGCCAGACAAAUUGGAAAGAUGUUGAACGCCAGAGAACCAAAGAUUAUAAAUGGUCCACAGAUUUUGAACAAAUAUGUGGGCGAAUCCGAGGCAAACAUCAGACAACUGUUUGCGGAGGCUGAAGAGGAAGAAAAGCGACUUGGCUCAGGUAGUGGACUUCACAUUAUCAUAUUUGAUGAGAUAGAUGCCAUUUGCAAAUCCAGAGGCUCUGUGGCAGGAAACACCGGUGUCCAUGACACAGUUGUCAAUCAACUGCUGGCUAAAAUCGAUGGUGUGGAACAGCUCAAUAACAUACUGCUGAUAGGAAUGACCAAUAGGAAGGAUAUGAUAGAUGAGGCUCUUCUCAGGCCAGGAAGAUUGGAAGUACAGAUGGAGAUCAGUUUACCUGAUGAAGAUGGCAGAGUACAGAUUCUGAACAUUCACACGGCUACUAUGAGAGAGAACAAAAAACUUGCGCCUGAUGUCAAUAUAGCUGAAUUGGCAGCAGUGACAAAGAACUUCAGUGGUGCAGAAAUCGAGGGUUUGGUUCGUGCAGCCACCUCCACAGCCAUGAAUAGAUUAAUUAAGGCAUCAGCUAAAGUUGAAGUUGACCCUGAUGCUCCCUCUAAACUUUUAGUCACAAAACAGGAUUUCCUCAAUGCUCUUGAAAAUGACAUCAAACCGGCUUUUGGGACCAGCAAUGAGGAGUUCUUAUCAUACGUGGCUAAUGGGAUCCUCAACUGGGGUAUGCCUGUCCAGAGAGUGCUAGAGGAUGGAGAGCUUUUAGCAGCCCAGGCAAAAACCAGUGACCGCACUCCACUCGUCACGGUACUACUAGAGGGUCCCCCGUGUAGUGGUAAGACAGCCCUGGCUGCCAGGAUUGCUGAGAAUUCAGAGUUCCCUUUUGUGAAAAUGUGUACCCCAGAGAACAUGAUAGCUUUCACAGAGCCAGCAAAAUGUCAGGCCAUAAAGAAGAUAUUUGAUGAUGCCUACAAGUCCCCACUCAGUUGUGUCAUCGUUGAUGACAUUGAGAGAUUGCUAGAUUAUGUUCCAAUUGGCCCCAGGUUUUCUAACCUUGUGCUGCAAUGUUUACUUGUUCUGCUGAAGAAACCACCACCAUUGGGGAGAAAACUCCUGGUGAUUGGCACAACCAGUCAGAAAGAGAUUCUACAGGAAAUGGGGAUGAUCAGUAAUUUCAGCUCCGUUGUUCACGUAUCAAACAUCAGUACGGAUGAGCAGCUGAUCGCGGCUCUGGAGGGCCUGGAGGCAUUCACAGCAGCCGAGCUGGACAGAAUUCAGAAGAAAACUGCGGGGAAGAGAUUAUGGGUGGGCAUUAAGAAACUUGUGGAUUUGGUGGAAAUGGCAAAACAGAUGGGAGAAGGCCACAGAAUCCCCAAAUUUCUCUGUUUGUUGGAAGAAGAGGCCGGCUUGGAGAUGUCCUGAAUGUACAACAACAACAAUUUACAAAUUAAACAGACUGCAAUAUGGAAUACUACCAGGACAUCCACUGAAGUAGUACAGAUGAGGAUGUAAGAAAACAGAUUACGCUUGUAACUUACGUAAGAAAACAACUCAGCCAUGUGUUGCAAAUCUCAUUUGCUGAGAAAACAAGGGUCAGUUUCGUUAAGACAUUUUGAUUUAUAAUUAAAAACCAGUUACUAGAAUUGUGUUUAUUUUUCUGAACCAAUGACUUGUCGUGAAUUAGAACAUAUUUCACCAAAGCUUUAUCAGUUUAAUGGGACUGUGUUGGCUGUGAACUAGGCAUGUAUAAAGGCGUUUUUCAUAAUACGAUUAUGCCUAUGUGUCCAGACUAAAGGGUCAGCUUAAGUGAUCUCAGGAUUUCUCUGUAUGUUCUUUUGCAUAAUACAUGUGCAAACUGAUGUUGAGUUAAAAUAAUUAAACACCACUCUUUUAUUACAUAGACAUAGAAUUAUAAACAUUACACAAGCAAGGCAAGAUCACAGAUGAACAAAUAUUCCCACUUCAAAAUGAUCAAACCAGUUUCCCAGUGUGUAAACUUGUUUUUAGAGGUAACAAAUAAAAUGACAUACACAUUUAAAAAAUACCUGUCACCCUCAAGGAUACCACUAUCUCCAACAGCAACAACGCAUCCACCCAUAGAGAAGCUUACUUCAACUAAAAACAGCAAAAAAAUCUACAUGUAUUCCAGCCUCUGAAUGAUGUACCUGUUAAAGGACCUCGGGCUGUCCCAGCCUUCACGGGUAAAUGGAACCAUCAGAAACUAUUCUCUUACUUCAGGCACCAUUAUGUAACCCCCCGCCCGCCCACACACACCACCACCGACUCUCCAUACCUUCACACCCCACACCUCACACC